UUUAUUUGUAUUUUGCGAAACUUUCACAUAUGAUUAAAAACAGUAACUGUUCUGAGAUCAGCUCAGUGUGGAGCAGAGACACAGCUGCUAUUUAUAACAGCAGUGUAACAUGAUUCUAGACAUGUGUUUCUAUCUGUCAGAGCUACACACACACACACACACACACACACACACACAUACACACACACACACACACACACACACACACAAACUAAAGAACACAUGUUCUCCUCAGAGCUCAGUAGAACUUUUCCCCACUUUUCUGUCUGUCUCUCCUGUGAGGUGUGUCUCCUCCGGGCUAUGCACCAUGUUGUCCUCUCCUGCGGUCAUCCUGCAGCCGUACGGUCUGCCUGUCUAUCCACAGACCUCCUGCUACCCCAGCCUAGUGCAGGGCGGUCCUGCUCAGGAGGCGGGGCCAGGCAACAGUGAUCCCGCCCUUGCCCAGGUAUACGCCGCACCCCCUUCAUAUCCACCACCGGGACAAGCCCCGCCCACACCUGCAGCCAGACUCCCGCCUCUUGACUUCGGCUCCGCCCACUCCAGCUCUGAUUACCCAGACCACCAUCAGCUCCGGGUGUAUCAGAGCGCUCAGCAUGAGGGGGCGGAGCCUAUACCUGUCAAUAACACGGAUGAAAGUCUGGCUCCUGUGACCUCCGACUCCCAGACUCUAAACGUCCCUGUGGCUGCAGGGGGUGGAGCAGGAAGCGGCAGUGAGGAGGACGGGUCUGGAAAAGCCCAGCCCAAACGCCUUCAUGUAUCCAAUAUUCCCUUCAGGUUCCGGGAUCCUGACCUGAGGCAGAUGUUCGGGCAAUUUGGCAAAAUCCUGGAUGUAGAGAUCAUCUUCAAUGAGAGAGGGUCAAAAGGUUUUGGCUUUGUGACGUUUGAGAACGCAUCAGAAGCCGAUCGAGCGCGAGAGAAACUCAACGGGACAAUCGUGGAGGGGAGAAAGAUUGAGGUGAACAACGCCACAGCCAGGGUGGUAACGAAGAAACCACAGACUCCACUCGUUAACGCUGCAGGAUGGAAGAUUAAUCCUGUGAUGGGGGCCAUGUACGCUCCAGAACUCUACACUGUGGCCAGCUUUCCUUAUCCUGUUCCCACAGCAACACUGGCUUACAGAGGCUCCACCCUGAGGGGGCGAGGACGUGCUGUGUAUAAUACCAUUCGCUCUGCAGCCACGCCCACUGCUGUUCCCGCCUACCCAGGGGUGGUGUAUCAGGAUGGACUGUAUGGAACAGAAGUCUAUGGAGGAUACCCUGCUGCGUACAGAGUGGCUCAAUCUCCUUCAGCAACAGCUACAGCUACGUACAGUGAUGGGUACGGGAGAGUGUAUACCACUGACCCCUAUCAUCACUCUGUAGGUCCGACCACUACAUAUGGAGUCAGCACUAUGGCGAGUCUCUACCGAGGAGGUUACAACCGUUUCACCCCAUACUGACCCCCUGCUGACCUCACAUUGACCUCCUGCCCCUCACUGCUCCCCUACACGAUAACCUGGGAGGAACUUUAAUCAGCCAAUGAACUGAUGAGCCUGGGAGAAACCACGCCUACACUGACCUCAUACGUGGUGCUCACAAUGGUCACAGUACUGAAGAAGAUGAUUUACAUAGUGCUAGCUGUUUAGACUCACUGUUAUUAUUAUGACUACUUUUUGUACCAUUAGCAACGCCAGCAUGAUGCUAACAUGCUAAUUACCCUGCCUUGCUCUGUAGUACAGAGUGGCUGUUAUCUGAGCCUGAUCAGGAAAGUGUGUGUGAUUACGAUAUGCUGUUAGUGGGUACGUGCUGACAAACGUUUUUACUGUAUAACUGCAAUAGUCACAGCAUACGUCUUUAUCCUGUUGAGGAACAGAAUUACGGCACGGCCAUCUCAGCUAACAUAAAGCUAAUGCAGGAAUUAUUCAGUGAUCCUGAAGGGCAGAGUUUAAGUAAAAACUAAAAGUCGAAUCAGCCAAGCAAACGUUUUCACAUGACAUCAGCAAAGCAGUCUGUGUAAUGCUAACUGUGUGUGUAGGUGAAAUCGUUUGCUGACAGAAAAACACUAACAUUAGCAUGUUAGCAGGCCAAUCAGGUGUGAUUAGCCAGUUGAGUUUAAGUUAAGCUCCGCCUCAGCAAUAUUGUGCCCUGAAUGUUGCAGCAUAUCGUGUAAGUUUACCUGCACGUACCCAGAGCUUAGAGAACAUUUGAGCUAUUUUUGUAGGUUAUUGUAAUAUUGAUGUGCAGUGCAGUGUGUGUGUGUGUGUGUGUGUGUACAGUGUUAAACUGUGAGCUUCACUGAAGUGUAUAGAGGUUCAGGUGACUCAGUUGUUUCUCCUCCUCACCGUGUGUGUGUGUGUGUGUGUGUGUGUGUGUGUGUGUGUGUGUGUGUGUGUGUGUGUGUGUGUGUGUGUGCUCUACCUCACAGGAGAUGAUAUAGAUAUCAUGAGGGACGUUUACUGUGAACGUAUCAUAUCAUUAGAUUAUCACAAUCACUGCUCAUGGUAUGGAGAAACACGACUACACACACACACACACACACACACACACACACACACACACACACACACACACACACACACACUCAGUGAAUUAGUGCACUUUUAACUGGGUUUCAGUCUCAGAUUUUUCAUUACAUCAUAGACUACUGAAGGACUUUUGUAUAAAAACAUUAAUGACCCCGCCCCUCUGAAGGCCACGCCCAUUUAACAGUGCAUCCUGAUAAUGGCCCCUCUCCUUCCAGCACAAUGUUAGUUGAUUUGGGUUAAAACAAAAAAGAAAAGAAAGAAAAAUAAAUAAAAUCAGUUACAGCUCAGUAGAACAUUAAACUCACACUCUAAUCAAUCCCAUGAUGCACUGCAGCACCAUCUCUGUAAGCAUAUUAUUAUUAUUAUUAUUAUUAUUAUUAUUAUUAUUAUUAUUUACAUAUAGUGUAGAUUAUUACUUUAAAGAUUAAAACAGUAUAAAGUGUGAGUGUGUGUGUGUGUAUGUGACCUUUGACCUGUAAUUUCUAGUGUAUUUUUCAUCCUGUGUCUGUCUCCUGCAUUUGUGUCUCUUUUUUAUGCCACUUUAUCCUCACUUCCUUUUUGUGCUGAAAGUUUCCUUUUUCAUUUCAUUAUUCAGUCUCUUUUAUUUAUUUCACCUUUUCAUUAUAUAUCUUUAUCUCUCCAUACUGUUUUUUUUAGCUUUUCCUUCUCUUUCAAUCUGCCUGUUUUUCAUUUUUCAUUCUCUUUGUAUUCUGUUUGUUUUCCUUUCUCUCUGCUGAUCUCUCUUUCACUCGCUCCACACUCCUUCUUCUGUUCUUCUGUUUUCUGCUUUCUUUUUUUCUUUGCAUGAUGUUUGAUCUGUCCUUCUAUCUGUCCUGCUCUAUUUCUUCUCCUUAUUUCUUCCGUGUUAUUUUCUUGCCUUUUUCUCAUUCUUUAUUCCACUUCUUCACUGUGUUUAUUUCCCAGCAUGCACUGCAGUUUCCGGUCGUUUCCCCUUUAUAAUCUGAUGCAUGUUUUCUUUUUUCUUCUGUUUAUAAACUCAUCUUUCGAUUCAUCUUUUCUUUCUGCUCACUUUGUCCUUUCAGUUAUUUCUCCUUAUUCUCUUUUCACCCUUGUAUCUUUCUCUCUCUAUUUUUUUCUCUCUUUCUCUCUCACACACAUUCCUGUUUCAAUCUCCAUUUUAUUUUUUCUUUCUUUCCAUCCUUUUGUUUAACUUACAGAACUUUCACUAUUUUAUUAUCUUUAGCUUUUUAUCUUUCUUUUGUUUCUCUCUGCUACACAAAACUUCUACUCUUCCUCCUAUUCUCUUAUUCUUUCCUGUGACUCUUCUGUCUUUUUCUUUUCACAACUCUCAGGUCUGUUUUCUCUUUGCAUGUGUUGAUCUGUUCAUCCUUCUUCCUUCCUUGUGUUAUUUUGCAUUAGAAAACGUCUUUUUCUUCUUUGACCCAUAUUCUUUUUUUUCUUACACAUCUCUCUCCGUCUCUUCUCCUUCUGGUUAAUCACUUCUCCUCUUUUUUUAAAAUUCUAUUUAAAGUCCUGCUGCUGUUGUAUCUGAGUCACCUGUGUGUGUGUGUGUGUGUGUGUGUGUGUGUGUGUGUGUGUGUGUGUGUGUGUGUGUGUGUGUGUGUGUGUGUGUGUGAGAGAGUGUGAGUGUGUGUGUGUGUGUGUGUGUGUGUGAGUGUGAGUGUGUGUGUGUGUUAUAUGAAUAAAGAGAUGGUUUAUUCUUCCUGUA